AUGACAGGCCUCUGCGACUGCCCAGCAGGCUGGGGCGGCAGCGACUGCGCGGCGCCCGACAAGCGGCCCUGCACGAACCGCUACAACGAGGCCGAGCGCGCCGGCCAGGGGCGCGCCAGCCACAUCGGCCCCGACAAGCGGGACGCCGACUGGAUGGUGCCCGGCUGGACCGCUUCGCGCUGCGCAGGCGUCUGCGACGACGACAUCGGCGCCUGCUUUUGUGACGGGCCGAAGUUCGGCCGCGUCCCGGCGCCCCCUGGCAGCCCGCCGGGCACGCCGCCGAUCAGGGCGGGCCGGUUUCUGCAAGAGCACUGCAAACCGAAGGAGUGCAGCGGCCACGGUGAUUGCAACCUCGGAUUCUGCAAAUGCCACGCGGGCUGGUUUGGCCACGACUGCGCCGGCAGGGUGGAGGGUGAGGAGGCAGAGUCGCAGGAGGAGGUCCCCAGGGGUGUAGUGGGCAAGCCAUGGCUUGGCGACGUUGUGCGGCGCCCGCCCGCGUCGCUGAAGCAGGCCGCGGAGGUUACAAGGCGGCGGCCGUUCAUAUACGUUUACGACACCCCUGCGCCGUACGCUGCACGCAUGGCCGAGUCCCUAUUUCACGAGCUGCUGCUGCAGAGCCCCCACCGCACCCUGGACCCAGAGGAGGCGGACUUCUUUUAUGUGCCGGCGUACACCAGCUGCUACAUGUGGCCGGUGCACGCCUGGGCCGACUACCCCUUCUGGCACAGCCAUGGCGGCCCCCGCGUGCGCCAUGCGUCUGCGAUGACCCUUGAGCUUCUGCGCCACAUCCAGUCCGCCUACCCCUACUGGAACCGCACCGGGGGCCGUGACCACGUGUGGCUCUUCAGCCACGACGAGGGCGCCUGCUGGGCCCCGACAGAGGUCUACACGACCUCAAUAAUCCUAACACACUGGGGGCGCUUGGACCUUGACCAUCGGUCAAACACGGCGUUUGUUGCAGACAACUACACACAGGAGCGACGGGACCCCGCAAGCCCCCUCACUAAGGAUGGCUGGACGCACUUGAUCACAGGCCACCCCUGCUACACCCCAGGCAAGGACCUGGUGAUUCCAGCCGUCAAGGCGCCCGGUCAGCUUGAGUUCUCGCCCCUCAUGGGCGCCCCCCUGCUGGAGCGCACCACCCUGCUGUACUUCAGGCGCGUUUUUGGCUGCAGCGCUGGGCGCAGGGGUGACGUCGGUAAGAACCGGCUCAAGCACUACUCCCGAGGCAUCAGGCAGCGGCUGUAUAAGCUGGCGCUGCGGCAUGGAUGGGCCGAAAAGUAUGCCAUCAGGAUCGGCGACAGGGCUGACGUCCCUGGUGACUACAGCCGUCACCUGGCCACUGCCAAGUACUGCCUGGUGUCACCAGGCGACGGCUUCAGCGCGCGGGCAGAAGACGCCGUGCUCCACGGUUGUGUCCCCGUCAUCGUGAUGGACAACGUGCACACCCUGUUUGAGACGCUGAUGGACUGGGACUCCUUCAGCGUGCGCGUGGCGGAGGGCAUGCUCCAUGCGAUACCAGAGAUCCUGCUGUCGAUUCCCGAGGUCCGAGGUUGA